AUGGCUGUGCUUGGGAGUGGAGAAUUGCUUGCGGCAUUUCUUGUUUUCGUUAUAAUCUAUUACUGGAUACUCAACCGACGCACGCCCAUCACUAAGUGGCCCGUGCUUGGGAUGCUACCUGGUCUCUUCCUUAACAAGUCCAGCAUCUAUGAUUAUGUUACUUCAGUUCUGAAGGAACAAGGUGGUACUGCCAUGUUUGAAGGACCUUGGCUAUCAAACAUGAACUUUUUCUGUACCAGUGACCCAUUGAAUGUACAACACAUCACAAGCACAAAGUUUGAAAACUAUGGGAAAGGGGAUGAUUUUGGCGAGAUUUUUGAAAUCCUGGGAGACGGGAUUUUCAGGUCUGAUUCCCUUUUAUGGAAGUAUAACAGAACCAUACUUCAUUCAGUUUUCAAGCAGGCAGGUUUUCAGUUAUUUAUUCACAAAACCAUCAUGAAAAAGAUUGAGAGUUCCCUGCUUCCAUUUCUUGAUCAUGCAUGGAAAGAAGGGUUGGAAGUGGACUUGCAAGAUGUUUUUCAAAGGUUAACUUUUGACAACAUCUGUUCCAUAGUGUUAGGAUAUGAUCCUAAUUGCCUUUCCAUUGAACUCCCUCACGUUGCAUGUGAAAAAGCAUUCACUGAUGUCGAGGAUGCUCUGUUGCACAGACAUGUCAUGCCAAGAUGCUUAUGGAAGCUGCUGAAAUGGCUUAAUGUUGGAACUGAGAAGAAGCUGAAAGAAAGCCAGAUAGUUAUUGACCAGAUGUUGUAUGAAGAAAUCGCAUCCAAGUGCAACGUGAAAGGCCAAAGCAGUAGCAAUAGCGGCCUAGCAAAUAAGUCACCGUUUAGCUUGUUAAAUGUUCUUAUAGAUGAGGUAGGAAAGGGAAAUAUAAAUGACAAGUUUAUGAGAGACACAGCGCUGAAUCUCCUUGCAGCUGGGAGAGACACCAUUAGUGCAGGUCUCACUUGGUUUUUCUGGCUGGUUGCAACACACCCAUCUGUGGAAUCCAAUAUUCUUCAAGAGAUUCGAGAAAAUUUGCCAUCAAGAGAAGGUAAUUGGAAGGAUUUAGGUGUCGAAAGGCUUAGCAGAUUAAUUUACCUCCAUGCAGCAUUAUGUGAAGCCUUAAGGCUUUAUCCUCCAUUACCUUUCGAGCACAAGUGUGCAUUAAAAUCUGAUGUUCUUCCUAGUGGCCAUGGGAUUAAUUCAAAUACCAUGAUAUUAUAUUCUCUAUAUUCAAUGGGAAGGGUGAAAGAAAUAUGGGGAGAAGAUUGCUUGCAAUUUAGACCAGAGAGGUGGAUUUCUAAGAAAGGAGGGAUUAUUCAUAUGCCCUCUUACAAGUUCAUUGCUUUUAAUGCUGGACCAAGAAGUUGUUUGGGUAAGGACAUAAGCUUCACUGAGAUGAAGAUGGUUGCUGCUGCUAUACUGUGGAAUUAUCACAUCAAAGUAAGCGAAGGCCACCCCAUAUCCCCCAGUGUUUCCAUUGUCCUUCAUAUGAGACAUGGCUUGAAGGUUAAGGUGACAAACAGAAACAUUUGA